AAUAAAAGUUACCCCCCUUUAGAAUUUUUGAAAAUGGCGCGCUUUAUAAACAUCCGGGAACUUGAACUAACCCAAAAUGCCCUCGUUUCUAAACUCAUCACCGCCAUUUUGAUUACUUAGCACUGAAAAAUAUGUCCUUUGAUGGACAAAAUACCACGCAGCUACAAGUAGAAAACAUAACUGAUUAUGCCCAGUUAUUUUCUGGAGCAAUCUCCCAUGUGGCCCAUGUCACAGAGACGGGGGAAAUUGUGGCUCUGGUGGAGUCCCAUAUACUGGACCCACAGCAGGAAAACAUAGACCCACAGACAGUACAGGUUCAGCACAUCCAGGGAGAAGAUGGACAGGUGGUGGAACAGUUGGUGUUUGAACAGAUUCCUAUUGCUCAUAUCAUCACCACCACUGAACAAGUCACAGAACAAGAACCACCAAAGGUCAAGGUCAAAACUAAGGAGCCAAGGCAACCCAGCAUUAAACCUCCAGUUGGCAAGGGACCCUUUAAGUGUGAAACCUGUGACAAAACUUUCCCCAAGUGGCCUCAGUACCAGAGGCACAUGAAGGCUCACGAGGAGGACAAACCCUUCAGGUGCCCCCACUGUUCCAUGUCCUUCAAUGUUAACGACAACCUGAAGCUCCAUGUGGCCACCCAUGUCCCAGCUAACGGAGAACCUACCUGUCCCGAAUGUGGAAAGAAGUUCUCCAGGAUUGCCAGUCUUAAGGCACACAUCAUGCUUCACGAGAAAGAGGAAAAUCUGAUGUGUACCGAAUGUGGAGACGAGUUCAGUUUACAGAGCCAGCUAGAUAAGCACAUGCAGGAACACCGACAGGAACAGGAAGGAAUGAAGACAUAUCCUUGUAGGCAGUGUACACAGGAAUUCACCAAGCCUAUCUUCCUAAAGGAGCACAUGAAACAGCACUACAGAAUAAAAUCUUCCCUGUCUCAUAGACCCUACAAGAGAAAUGUGGACAGGUCAGCCUUCCAUUACAAAUGUCAGCACUGUGGGAAGACAUUUCAAAAACCCAGUCAGCUUCAGAGGCAUAAUCUCAUACAUACAGGUGAACGACCAUUCAAAUGCAAUCAAUGUGAUAGAGCAUUUAAUCAAAAGGGAGCGCUAAGGAUCCACAUGAGUAAACACACGGGACUAAAGCCCCACCCCUGUGAUUUCUGUCCCAUGUCUUUUGCCCAGAGAGGAAAUUUAAGAGCUCACAUUCAGAGAGUACACACACUGGGAAGGGAUGGAGAAGAUGGGCCUACCUACCAGUGUGAUGAGUGUAGCUGUGUGUUUAAAAAGUUAGGCAGUCUUAAUGCUCACAUUAGCCGGGCUCAUCAAGACAGUGAGGUUCUCCCAACUCAAGUUGGCAUAAAAACUCCUCUGACUGAUGUGGUCCAUAUAAAUCAGGUUGGGGACAUGACAACGUCAGAUGAUAUUCUACGCCAAGCCCUGGAGAACAGUGGUCUCCCAAGUGGAUCAGAAGUGGUGACUGCGGUAGAGAAUGUGGCGGUGUCAGGUGCCACUACUGUCCCUGUAUCGUCAGCCCCCACCACCACCACUUCAGAUCCUCCCGCGAUAGCCCCCGACAAUAUAGUACGUCCACCCCCUCAGUAUACUCAUAAUAUCUCAACCAUGACAGUUCAUGACACUGCCACGGGGAUGGUGAAGAGACAUGUGAUCAGAAAGGUAAAUGGAGUACGGUGGCACCAGUGUACAUAUUGCAGCAAAGAAUUUAAGAAACCUAGUGAUCUAGUGAGACAUAUCCGCAUUCACACCCACGAGAAGCCUUAUAAAUGUACCCAGUGUUUCCGAGCCUUCGCGGUGAAGAGCACACUGACCGCUCACAUCAAGACCCACACGGGGGUCAAGGACUACAGGUGCACCACCUGUGACAAAAUGUUCUCUACACAAGGAAGCCUCAAGGUCCACCUUAGAAUGCACACAGGUGCCAAGCCCUUUGAGUGCCCUCAGUGUGACAAGCUGUUCAGGACUUCAGCUCACAGGAAGUCCCACAUACAGUCUCACUUUAAGGAAUUGCAGGAGGAGGCUGACGGGAGUCCAAAGAAGAGGGCCUUCAGACGGAUCUCACACAAAAUGGGCGACCUCCCAGAUAUCCCACUACAGGAACCCAUACUCAUCACAGACACAGGUCUAAUCCAGCAGCCGUCCCGACACAGCCUGUUUAACCAAUAUCUGGGGGAGGCUGGCAGUGUUGACAGACCUUACAAAUGUGGAUUCUGUCAGAGGGGGUUCAAGAAAUCCAGUCAUCUAAAGCAACACAUCAGAUCUCAUACUGGAGAGAAGCCUUUCAAAUGUCUGCAGUGUACGAGAUCAUUUGUGUCCAGUGGAGUUCUGAAGGCCCACAUUAGGACCCACACAGGACUGAAAGCCUACAAGUGCCUGAUCUGUGACAGCAUGUUCACCACUAACGGCAGUCUGAAGCGCCACAUGUCCACACACAGCGAGGUCCGGCCGUUCAUGUGUCCUUACUGUCAGAAGACCUUCAAAACAAGCGUCAACUGCAAGAAACACAUGAAAACACACAGACAUGAGCUAGCUAUACAGGCCCUGCAGACUGACGACCAGGAUGGUACUCUGGUGACUGACAAGAAGGAAGAAUCCGACCAAAAUCUGGUCAUUGAGAACCAAAUGGUAGAACUGGGAUUUAACCAGCAGGAGCUGACUGUACCAACCUCAGGAGCACAGGGUGACUUAGGACAACAGUCUAUCUUAGCAGCCGAUUCCCUGGAUAACUUCCAACAAGCCCUGAAUCAGCAGUUGUUUGGACAACAGCAGACAUUCACACAAAGUCUGCUAGGUUCUGGACAACAGAAUUUCAGUCAGCUGAACUCCCAGAUGAAUGCCCAGUCUGACAAUACUCAGAUAAAUACAGCGGACAACAGCCAGUUAAACAGUGGUAGCCAGUUCAACACCCUCAAUAGCCAAGUCAACACACAAGUACCAACACAGAUAAACACACAGAUAGGAGGAUUCAACCAAGACCAGUUCAACAUUCAGCAGAGCAACCUUGACAUCAAUAACCUACAAGCGACCUUCAGCUCUCAAGGUGUCACUUCCUUGACGACCAGUCUCCCUAGUACGUCCAUGCAGAACAUACUGCCUACCAGUGACAUGACUUUACCCGAGGCAGAAGAACCCGAGACAGUGUCGGAGACUGAGCAGCCGAGCGCCGUCAUCCACAGACAGAGGAUAGAGCCUGAGCAGCCUUACGAGACGCUGACGGGACACAGUCGUAAAUCUUACCGCUGUGAUAUCUGUAUCAACAAAACCUUCAAAAAGCUCAGCCACCUUAAACAGCAUUACAGAUCUCACACAGGAGAGAGACCCUACAAAUGCAUCACUUGUGACAAGAACUUUGUCUCCUCGGGUGUCCUUAAGUCCCAUAUGAAAACUCACAUGGGAGCCAAGGAUUUCCGCUGUGAGAUCUGCCAGGCCGCCUUCACUACAAACGGUUCUCUGACUCGCCACAUGAAUGUCCACAUGUCCUUCUCAAAUCGUCCUUAUAAGUGUAGUGAAUGUGAUCAGACAUUUAGAACAACCAGCCAGUGUAAAAGACAUGAAAAGCAACACAGGCCAGACUAUGGAGAGGAACCCCAGCCAUCCACCCGAGUCAGGAACAAAGCCGUGGUCCAGGUGUCAGAGGAGCAGGCUAAUGUGUUAACCAGAGAUCAAGAACAAGAAAAUCUGUCACUCUCCCAGAAAAUCCUACUGGAAUCCUCAAAGAAAGACAACUCUGCAGAGAAAAAUGACGAGGAAGCAGAACAACAUACAGGAGCAAAGCAUGCUCAUCAGUGUUCCCACUGUCCCAAGUCCUUUAAGAAGCCCAGUGAUCUGGUGCGACACAUCCGAAUCCACACGGGGGAGAAACCUUACUCAUGUGAGAUCUGUAGCCGCUCAUUUACAGUCAAGUCAACUCUUGACAGUCACAUGAAAACACACGGGACCAACCACAAAAAAUUCAGCUGUCACAUAUGCUGUUCAAGAUUUUCUACCAAAGGAAGCCUUAAAGUUCACAUGAGACUGCACACAGGAGCCAAGCCCUUUAAAUGUCCCCACUGUGAUCUCAGAUUCAGGACAUCCGGACACAGGAAGAGUCACAUCUUAGGUCACUUAAAACCAGACCUGCCAAAGAAGAGGAAGACAAACUUUGUGAACGACGAUGACCAGGCCAGCCAACCACAACAACAGAUCAACAUGAUCAACGUUCCAGAUAUCCAGAAUGUGAUGAGUACUAGUCAGGCCAGCGGUCAGGUGAUCAACAUCGAUCCUGCUCUCUUCCAGUCACAGAACAUUAUGCCUGUGUCCCUGUCUCUACCUGAUAACAUGGGACAGAUCCAGGAGAGCACUCUAGCUGCCCACGUGUUACAAGGACUAGAGAACGUCCAGUUACAGUUGACCGGUAGUGUUGGUCAGGGUGGAAUACAGAUCACAGGACUGGACCCCAGUAUCUUCUCCCAGACAGUUCAGAUCGAUGCUAGCUUACUACAGCAGCUACAACAACAGGGGAAUGUCAACAUCACCAUUAACCCCAGUGUGCUAAAUCAGGGCAUGCAGGUGGCUGAUCCCAACCUGGUGCAGGGGCUACAGAUUCAGACAGUGGGAGACCAGGCAGGACAGAGUGUGUUGCCUCAGCCCACCAUCAGCUUAGAUAACCAACAGUCCAUCAUCCAGAUACCAACCGGAUCACAGGAUGGGGCUCCUAAUGCUUUUGUUGUCACUGCUGAUGGCACACUGGCCACUGAUCAACAGAUUACAGUAAAUCAGGGAGAUCUACAGCAGGUGGAAGGUUUGGUGACCCAGAUAAACCCAGAGCUAACAGAGAACAUCCCCCAGGAAAUACCACAGGACAUUCCUCCCCCGUCAGAAGCCAUAGAGAAGAUUGAGGAGGAGGAGGUGGAUGAGGAAGAGGAUGAUGACCUCUCUGGAUUAGAUGAUUCCGAGGAGGAAGAGGAACCUUCGGAACACCUCGGGGCAGAUGAUCCGGAACACCUGGGAUCCGUGGAUGAUGAAAACACUGAUCUCCUUCAGGAUCCAGAUGGUAAUCCAGAUGAACAGGAUGGGUUGGCUCACGCCAGUGACACACUGACUCAUGGGAGUGAGUCUGCUAAUGUUAGUCUGAGUGAUGCUGUGCCCAGGGUGGAGUCCAAGAAACAAUUUUCAGCUGAACGGCAGCAUAUAUGUGGGGUCUGUCAUAAAGGAUUUAAGAGGGCCUGCCAUCUCAAAGAACACAUGAGUAUCCAUACUACACCAAGUGGAGCCUCAAAACAGUCCAAACCCUCAAUACACAAAUGCUCAGAAUGUGAUAAAAUGUUUCAGAAGCCAAGUCAGCUUGAAAGGCAUUUCAGAAUUCAUACAGGAGAGAGACCUUUUGUGUGUCAGAUUUGUAACAAAGCCUUCAAUCAGAAGAAUGCCUUGAACAUCCACCUUAAAAAACACACCGGUGAAAAGCCUCAUAAAUGUGAUUACUGUGAACUGUCCUUCUCCCAGAAAGGAAACCUCAAGACCCACAUCAAGAGAGCCCACCACAUGGACAUGGUACACAGCAUGAAUCUCCCCAAAACAUUGUAUGUCCCUCCCACAGCUGGGGGGCUGGAGGAGGAGAUGAAUUCAAAGGGGGAGGGGUCAACGGUAGAGGAGGAUCCAAUGAAUUUAGAGCAAGUGGCCCAGGAAUUGUUCCCACAGUAGCCAUAUUGUUAGCUUUAUUUGUUUUAAAGGUGACCAAUUACAAAUGGGCUUGCUUCUGCAACAACCAAUCAGAAACAUCAUUGAUAGAGGCAUUUUAGAAUUUUGGUUUUUUGUAUGAGAUGGUAAUAAUUGUUAUACUAAUAAGGGCCAAUUAGAAGUCUGUAGAGUUUUCAGGAAACGGAAAGUACCAUGGAUAAAAUUUUUGCAGUUACAGGAAAUUUAUUUUAUGAUUGGUUCAUGAGAGAAAGUUGCAUGUUGAUUAUACAAGAAAACUUGACUUGUGAAUGACAGAACAUAUUAACUUAUUCUAGUCAUCAGAUUUUAUUAUUUAAUUAAUUAAUGUGUGCUUUAAGUUGUAAACAAGGUAAAUGGUCCAGGUGUAAAAUAAAAUGGUGAUGUGACAUUUAUUGUGAAAAAAUUCUUUUUGUUAAGAUUAAUUUUUAACUUAAAAACUCUGAAUUUGAUGUGCUUCCAAAAUAAAAUGUUG